GGGCGGGGAGGGAGGGAGCUGAGGCACAGCUUGGCUCUGCACUGCCGUGUGACUAGAAAUUGUAAUCGCUGAGAAAGAGAGAGACAGAGCCCAGUGACAGAGAGCAAGACAGACGGACAGAUAGACAGAGAAUUCGACUGAGCUGGGCUCCCAAGAUGAGAGCGUGAUAGGGAUAGAGCCAGAGGGGGGAAUAAAUGGAAGAGAAGGAGAGAGGGGGCCUGGCGGUCCCAGGGGAGGCGAGAUUGUGAAGGGGAGUCUGAGGAGGGUGUCGGGGCCAGGGGAGGUGGACAGGGACCAGAGGCCAAGACUGAGAGGCAGAGGACUAAGAGGAGCAAGGAGAAAGGGGCCGGGGGUCGGUGGGUGGAGAGAGAGGAGGCUGUUGGUGGGGAGAGUGGAGGUAGAGGUGGGGGAGUGGGGGUGGAAGGAGACAGGAGGAGGCAAUUAGGGAGGGGAGGAGGAGAGGACUGCUGCAGUGGCCAAAGGACAGCCUCCCCAGGGGGUGGGGAGGGCGACAGGCCAGGAGGGGGGGGCGCAGGGAGACCCAAGAAGCCCCUGCGCCCCCCCCAGCACGAUCUCAACGGGGAGCCCUGGAGAACUGGGGAGGCAGAGACCCUUCUGGCUGCAGGCAUGUGGAGGGGGGGGCCUGGGCACAGGGAGAGGCCCAGCGGAAGCCAAGCCACCAGGCCCCCCAGCGUCCACGCGGAGCAUGAACAUUGAGGAUGGCGCGUGCCCGUGGCUCCCUGUGCCCUCCACUGCCGCCCGGUAGGAUGUCCUGGCCCCACGGGGCGCUGCUUUUCCUCUGGCUCUUCUCCCCACCCCUGGGGGCCGGCGGAGGUGGUGUGGCAGUGACAUCUGCCGCCGGAGGGGGCUCCCCACCAGCCACCUCCUGCCCCGCAGCCUGCUCCUGCAGCAACCAGGCCAGCCGGGUGAUCUGCACACGGAGAGAGCUGGCUGAAGUCCCGGCCAGCAUUCCGGUCAACACACGGUAUCUGAACUUGCAGGAGAAUGGCAUCCAGGUGAUCCGGACAGACACCUUCAAGCAUCUGCGGCACCUGGAGAUCCUGCAACUGAGCAAGAACCUGGUGCGCAAGAUCGAGGUGGGCGCCUUCAACGGGCUGCCCAGCCUCAACACGCUGGAGCUGUUCGACAACCGGCUGACGACGGUGCCCACGCAGGCCUUCGAGUACCUGUCCAAGCUGCGGGAGCUCUGGCUGCGCAACAACCCUAUCGAGAGCAUCCCCUCCUACGCCUUCAACCGGGUCCCCUCGCUGCGGCGUCUGGACCUGGGGGAACUCAAGCGGCUGGAAUACAUCUCGGAGGCGGCCUUCGAGGGGCUGGUCAACCUGCGCUACCUCAACCUGGGCAUGUGCAACCUCAAGGACAUCCCCAACCUGACAGCCCUGGUGCGCCUGGAGGAGCUAGAGCUGUCGGGCAACCGGCUGGACCUGAUCCGCCCGGGCUCCUUCCAGGGCCUCACCAGCCUGCGCAAGCUGUGGCUCAUGCACGCCCAGGUGGCCACCAUCGAGCGCAAUGCCUUCGAUGACCUCAAGUCGCUGGAGGAGCUCAACCUGUCCCACAACAACCUGAUGUCGCUGCCCCACGACCUCUUCACACCCCUGCACCGCCUGGAGCGCGUCCACCUCAACCAUAACCCCUGGCACUGCAACUGCGAUGUGCUCUGGCUGAGCUGGUGGCUCAAGGAGACCGUGCCCAGCAACACAACAUGCUGUGCCCGCUGCCACGCACCUGCUGGCCUCAAGGGCCGCUACAUAGGUGAACUGGACCAGUCGCACUUCACUUGCUAUGCGCCUGUCAUUGUGGAGCCGCCCACGGACCUCAAUGUCACGGAGGGCAUGGCUGCUGAGCUCAAGUGCCGCACAGGCACCUCCAUGACCUCUGUCAACUGGCUGACACCCAACGGCACCCUCAUGACCCACGGCUCCUACCGUGUGCGCAUCUCUGUCCUGCAUGAUGGCACGCUCAACUUCACCAACGUCACCGUGCAGGACACGGGCCAAUACACAUGCAUGGUGACGAACUCGGCUGGCAACACCACCGCCUCAGCAACACUCAACGUCUCAGCUGUGGACCCUGUGGCGGCUGGGGGCUCCGGUGGCGGCGGGGGCGGCCCAGGGGGCGGCGGUGGUGUCGGAGGGGGCAGUGGUGGCUACACCUACUUCACCACGGUGACAGUGGAGACCCUGGAGACACAGCCUGGAGAGGAGGCCGUGCAGCCGCGGGGCACAGAGAAGGUACCGCCGGGGCCCACGACGGAUGGUGUCUGGGGUGGGGGCCGGCCUGGGGACGCCAUCGGCCCGGCCUCAUCAUCCACCACGGCACCUGCGCCUCGCUCCUCACGGCCCACAGAGAAGGCGUUCACGGUGCCCAUCACGGACGUGACAGAAAACGCCCUCAAGGACCUGGACGACGUCAUGAAGACCACCAAGAUUAUCAUCGGCUGCUUCGUGGCCAUCACAUUCAUGGCCGCCGUGAUGCUCGUGGCCUUCUACAAACUGCGCAAGCAGCACCAGCUCCACAAGCACCACGGGCCCACGCGCACUGUGGAGAUCAUCAACGUGGAGGACGAGCUGCCUGCUGCCUCCGCCGUGUCCGUGGCCGCGGCGGCUGCCGUGGCUGGUGGGGGCAGCGUAGGUGGGGACAGCCACCUUGCCCUGCCGGCCCUGGAGCGCGACCACCUCAACCACCACCACUACGUGGCGGCCGCCUUCAAGGCGCACUACAGCAGCAACCCCGGCGGUGGGGGCUGCGGGGGCAAGGGCCCUCCUGGCCUCAACUCCAUCCACGAACCUCUGCUCUUCAAGAGCGGCUCCAAGGAGAACGUGCAAGAGACGCAGAUAUGAGGCUGCCUGGGGCCCGGGGGAUCUGGCCAGGGUCUCGGAGACCCGCCACCCCGGUGCCUACCCGGGCACGCCGACUGGGACCCCUCCCCACGGCCCAGCCCACCCCGGGACCAAAUGGGAAAGGCAGGACAAGGCGGUGUCCAGCCCCACCCAGGGGUCAGACCCCAAUGAGGACAGGGCGGGGUUCCAGGAGUCCCUGGUUCUAGCCUCGCCCCCACCUAUCCUGGUGACGGCUGGGGGGACUCGGGAUUCAGGAGACGUGGCCCCAGCCCUCCGUGUUUCCACCGGGGUCUCCCGACCAACUGUCCCGCCCACCACCUUCGAGGGAAGAAAGGAGCUUUUUUGAGGGGUACCCUUUCCCCUUACCCCAACCACCCUCCUUUUACGGUUCAUUUUUUGCAGUUUGACGCCUGUCCCUCCUUCCCACCCCGAAACCGAAGAGACGAAGAGACGCGUCGCCCCAGCUCCAGCCCACGCUGAGCUCCGCCCCCGGCCUCCCGCUGGGGUACGCAGCCGGCCGCCCCGCCCCCACCACCCCACAGACUCUUUUGAUACAACCGAAGGGAGGUUUGCGUCAACGACUACCUGCUCUGUAAUUACUUUAAAAAAAAAAACACGGAAAAAGUAAAAAAAAAAUUUUUUUUUGGUCAUGAAAGCAUGGAGGAAAGAAAACAAAGUGAAUACGGGUGGGAAACAGAAGGAGAGGCUGGAAGACAGUCCUCACAGGCCCCAAAGACAGGACAGGCAUUUCUGGGCGGUCUUAGCUCCUAGGGAGGGGUCUGUUCUGGGACUUCCCCCUUAUGAAUUCCCUGUAUUUGUUGCUUCGGGUGGGGGCGCUCAGGACAGCAGAGAUCUGGGUCUGACCAUUCUGGAGGCCUCAAGUCCAAGUUCAAGGUGCAGCAAGGCCAUGCCCUCUCUGAAGCCUAGGGGGUAGGCCUGCCAGCUACAGGCACCUGGAUGGCCCUGGCUUGUGACAGCUUCAUUCUGUCCUUCCCUGGACCUUCUCCACGUGUCUUUACACCUCUUCCCUGUGUGUGUGUCCGUGUCCAACUUCCCCCUGUCACAAGGAUCCUAAUCAUUAUACUGGAUCAGGAGCACCCAGCCUAACCUUGACUUUAUUCUUGGCAAAUGCCCAUUCUGAGGUGCUGGAGACCAGGACUUCUGUGGAUCUGUUUCUGGGUAGCACGGUUCAACCCCAAACAGGCCCCAAACCAGAGAGUGUCUCCACCGCACUCCCACUAGAGGCUCCUCUGAUGUGGGUGUGCUGAGAGGGCAGCUGGAGCUGUAUCAGCCCCGUGCAAAAACAGGGACAGAGAGAAGCUGGGUAGGAGAGCAGUCAGGAGCCAGCAAGCAGCCUGGAGGAUAUGUCUCUGUGGGUUGAGGUGCCUGGGCCAGUGGGGGCUGCCAUCCUGCACUGUCUGGGAAAGCAAGGCCUCUGGACACAGAUGAAGUGGUUAUGGCACCUUCCUGUGCUGAGAAGAGGACACCAGGCAGACAGCCCUGAGGACAUGUGGGUCGCGGGGGAGAGGAGGGGAAGGGUUGGAUGCCAGUCUCAAUGCCCCUUCUCCCUUGUGUACAUGGCAGCUGUAGGCAUUGUGGGGACACUCAGGCCCCAGAGGAGUUGACAACAGACAGAAAGAAGGGGACAGAAAGUCCCUGCUCCCAACCUAUCUGCCCCAUGAGUGUCUGGACAGGAGUCCCUGUGCCUCUCAGCAUUUCUUCUGUCCCCCACCCGGGCUCCUGGCUCUUGAAGCAAAUUCCUCCCUUACCAGCAGUGGCAGCCUCCCGUGGCCUCUGGGUGACGUGUCUGGGGUCUGGCCCUCUCUAUCUUUGUCCAUCUCCUCUCAUGUGUUGCCCACCCUCCCCAUGCACCCUUUCAUGCUCUUUCUCUCCAGUCUCUUGCAGUGCGGAUCCUGGUUGCCAUGGAAACACUGCAGUGGGUACCAGGUGGUGGCUGGGGGCAGGGAACUGGCGCUGCCGCAGCCUUCGCCAUUUCUGAUGCCAGGCACCUGUGAGGCGCAGUGGCUGCGACUCAUUUUGGGGGCACUCGGACUCCCCAGGCCUCACAGGCUACUCUAUGGCUGAUGAGAGUUGGGGAGAGGAAGGAAGGACAUGAGAAUGACAAUACCACAUGUGGGAGGGGGUUAGUGGCAUCAUGGCUAAGGGGGAGAAUGAGAGGUGGGAUGAAGUCAAGGUGAACUGAAGGAUGAUCAGAGACAGAGGGUGGCAGGUUCUGGUUGGGAGCUGAGGGAUGUGAGAAGGGGACCCCCCUCUGGGAGGCUGGGGGGAUUGGACCCACUGAAGCAAGGGCACAGCUAAGACAAUCUAGAACUCCAGCUUCUGUUGCCUUCUGGAAGAGACAGGGGUAGGGGGUGGGGACCUCAGGGGGCUCAUCACUAGACAGAACCUCCUUCGGACCUUGACCAUUUGAGGACAAAAAUUAGGGGAAAGGAGGACCUGGGAGCAAGGGGACAGACAGAGCUCAGAGUCCCUGCCACCAUCCCCUCUUCCCAACCCAAGCAGGUUGUAGUUUCCAUGACAACCUGGCUGGCCAGAAAGGGGGGCAGGGGACUGCAGAGGAAAUUUUCCACAUCAGCAGGAAGGAACAGAGGUGUGUCACAAACGAAAGAAAGGAACGGCCCUGGGGAAGAAGGAACAGCCCUGGAGA